UGGAACUAUUGACUGAGCUCCACCACACGAACAAGUUGUCAGCGAGAGGUCUGGGCGGUGGGAAGAAGAUGGCAAAUAUCCCCCUCAUACUCUUCAUUUGUCUUCUGGCAGCUUGUCUUGGUGAUGAAAGUACAGUCUUCAUCGAGAACAAAGAGGCAAGCUCAGUUCUGCAGAGGCAAAAACGAGCCAACUCAAACAGACUAGAAGAGUUUAUUCCUGGGAACCUCGAGAGAGAAUGUAUGGAAGAAAAAUGCAGCUUUGAAGAAGCCCGAGAAGUAUUUGAAAACCAAGAGAAAACGAUGGAGUUUUGGAAAACAUACGUUGAUGGAGAUCAGUGCAACCCCAACCCAUGCAAAAAUGGAGCCGUGUGCAAGGACGGAAUAAAUUCCUAUGUGUGCUGGUGCCCAGCUGGGUAUGAAGGCAGAAACUGUGAGAUAGACUUCACUUGUGCUAUCAAAAAUGGAGGCUGCAAGCACUUUUGCAGUCAUGACCCACCACAGAAGGUUGUGUGUUCCUGCGCUGCUGGCUAUAGACUUCAUGAAGAUGGAAAGUCCUGUGAACCUACAGUGCCGUAUCCCUGUGGGAAGAUCACGGCUCCUGAAGCAAAGAGCAAGCUCACCCGAUCCAUGAACACCUUUGAGAAUUGGAACAUAACCGGCGAUGACCAUGAGGAUGCUCAAGACGAGGUGCUCGACAACAUCACGGAAACCAGCACUGCUGCCACCACGAAAAUCACACCGAUAAUUAAGGAGGGCACCCGGGUUGUCGGCGGGACAGACAGCAUGAAAGGCGAGGUGCCUUGGCAGGUUCUCCUGCUGGACAGUAAUGGUGAGGGCUUCUGUGGCGCAUCCAUCAUCAACGAGAAAUGGGUGGUGACAGCAGCGCACUGCCUGGAGAAAGGCCUUGACAUCUCUGCUGUGGCAGGUGAACACAACACUCGGGAGGAUGACCACACAGAGCAGCGGCGUAAAGUGGUGAAAGCCCUUCCCCACCCCACGUACGACGCCUCGAUCAACGAGUACCACAACGACAUUGCCCUCCUGGAGCUGGACGAGCCCCUCGUUUUCAACAGCUACGUCACCCCCAUCUGCCUCGGCAGCCGGGAGUUCACCAAUGCCCUGCUGAAGCAGGGCACGGGGACGGUGAGCGGCUGGGGCCGCCUGCACUACCGUGGCCGGCCGGCCACCACCCUCCAGGUCGUCAAGGUGCCCUUUGUUGACCGGCCGACCUGCCUCAAGAGCACCUCCACCACCAUCCUGCAGAACAUGUUCUGUGCAGGUUACCCAUCUGGGGGCAAGGACACCUGCGAGGGGGACAGCGGAGGGCCCUACACCACUGAGAUCGAGGGCACCUGGUUUCUCACAGGGAUCACCAGUUGGGGUGAGGAAUGUGCCAAGCCAGGCAAAUAUGGCAUCUACACCAGGGUCUCCAAGUAUGUGAAGUGGAUAAAGCAAAACACGAAGCUCACCUAACCCGAAGGAGUGUUAUGCUGUGCUGGGGAGGCUACACUGUGCUGGGGGAUGGACUGGUUAGUUGAAGAGAGACCCAUAGCAAUCUCCAUGUUUUUGAGAAAUCACUGCAGUUUAAUAAACAUUUCUAAAUGAAAUAACCUCUGCUCUUGGAAGGCAAAAGUUAAGAGAACACAAUGAAAACAUGGUAAUAAAGAAAUAAAAAGCCCUUUUAAUGGUC